GAGAAUGGUGAAUCUGACACUGGAGAUGAUCUAUCUGCUGACUGGAGAGGUUGCCAUAAGGACUCAUCAUGUUUCCAUCUAUUUUUCCUUGGACGAGUGGGACUAUAUAAAAGGAAACAAGGACAUUUAUGAGGAUGGGGAGAAGGAGGAGCCUCAGCAGCUCCACCCACUGGACAGUGAAUAUGAAGAUAAGAGAGAUAUCACAGCUGAUCUGGGAGGAACAUUAUGUUAUAAUAAUGAGACAAGCAAGAUUGAGGCUGAAGGAGCCCCUAAUGCAAAUCCUACAAACCCUGAAAUUUACCCAGCAGAACAGCCCCCACCAGCCAAUGGGAUUAAAGAAGUAGCUUCAUGUGAUCAUAGAAACAAAUCGGAUUGCAGCAUUAAUCCACUUACAGAACAGAUACAGGGAACAGAUACAACUACUCCCAACACAGUGACGUAUAUCUGUUCUGAAUGCAACAAACACUUUAGAACGAAGGCCGGUUUUGUCAAGCAUCAGAAAACUCACACAGGAGAAACACCAUUUGUCUGUUCUGUGUGUGAGAAACGUUUUGUGUGUCAUUCAGACCUUAUUGUACAUCAGAGAAGUCACACAGGGGAGAAACCGUUCUCUUGUUCAGAAUGCGGCAACCGUUUCUCACAUCGUUCACACUUAAACAGCCACUACAAAAUACACAACGGAGAAAAAUCGUUCCUUUGUUCUGUAUGUGGGAAAUGUUUUGCUCGUCGUGCACAUCUUACGGAGCAUCACAGAACUCACACAGGGGAGAAACCGUAUUCUUGUUCCGAAUGUGGGAAAAGGUUUUCAUAUCGUUCACACCUAAAUUGCCACUACAAAAUACACACAGGGGAGAAAUCAUUCCUUUGUCUUGCAUGUGGGAAAUGUUUUGCUCGUCGCGCACAUCUUACUGAGCAUCAAAGAAUUCACACAGGGGAGAAACCAUAUCCGUGUUCUGAAUGUGGGAAAUGUUUUACAUCUCGUUCGCUCUUUACUAAACACUACAGAAUACACAGAGGAGAGAAACCAUUCAUUUGUUCUCCAUGUGGGAAACAUUUUACAUUUCACUCCGACCUUUUAGUGCAUGAGAGAAUUCACACGGGGGAGAAACCGUUCUCUUGUACCGAGUGUGGGAAAUGUUUUCCAAAGCGCCAGCAACUCAUUGUGCAUCUGAGAUCUCACACAGGAGAGACACCAUUUUCCUGAUCUAAAUGCGGGAAAAGUUUCAUAGAUCGCCCACGUCUUACUGUGCAUCUGAGAACUCACACAGGGGAGAAACCAUUUCCCUGUCCUGAUUGCGGGAAGUGUUUCAGUAAUCACGCAGGCCUAAGAAUCCAUAAAAAAAUUCACACAGGAGAGAAACCGUUUUCCUGUGCCGAAUGUGGGAAAUGUUUCACCUAUCGCACAGACCUCACUGUCCAUCACAGAAUUCACACAGGAGAGAAACCAUUCACUUGUACCGAAUGUGGGAAAUGUUUUGCGCGUUGCUUUCAGCUUACUGUACAUUCCCGGUUACACAAAGGAGAGAAACCGGUUUCUCCUAAUAACUGUAGUAACAUACAACUGUCUGAGGAGCCAAUGGGAAUGUGGGAGGAAGCGAGUGACACAGGGAUGAAGAAGGAUAAAAAUGAGGAGGAGGAGGAGCAGGGGAAGAAGGAGAGAAUGGUGAAUCUCACACUGGAGAUGAUCUAUCUGCUGACUGGAGAGCACUACAUCCCUAGGAAGAAGUCAAAUGAUGGGGGGGCCCUGCAUGCCCCUGGCUCCGUCAUACAGAAGAAAAAUGUCGACAAGAUGAUCCUGGAACUCAUCUCCAACAUCAUCCAGCUGCUGACUGGAGAGGAAUGGGAUUAUAUAAAAGGAAACAAGGACCUUUGCAGGGAAAAGAUUAAGGAGGAUCCCCAGGAGCUCCUCCCACUGGACUGUGAAUAUGAAGAUAAGAGAGAUAUCACAGCUGAUCUGGGAGGAACAUUAUGUUAUUAUAAUGAGACAAGCAAGAUUGGGGCUGAAGGAGCAGAUGUUUGUGCAGAUGGAAAUCUCACAAACCCUGAAAUUUCUCCAGUGGAGCAGCCCCAACCAGCCAAUGGGAUUAAAGAGGAAGUAGCUUCACAUGAAGAGGGAAACCAACCAAAUUGCAGCAUUAAUCCACUUACAGAACAGAUACAGGGAACAGAUACACAUACACCUAUCAUGGGAUACAGCCUGAAUAACAGCUUGUCAGAUGAUAAUGUAUCAAAUCCUAUUAAAGAGGAACUGACUUUAUGUGAAGAAGGAAAUGUUUCUGAUUUUAGAAUUAUUACUGUUUCAGAAUCUCCUAUCAUGGGAUGUAGCCUAAAUACCAGCUUGUCAGCCAGAUAUGUUUCAGAUGGGAUAAAAGAGAAAAUGGGGUCAUGUGUCUAUGGAAACCAAUCAGACUGCAGCAUUAAUCCACUUGCAGAUCAGAUACAGGGAACAGAUACACCUACUCCCAACAUGGAGAUGUAUAGCUGUUCUGAGUGCAAUAAACACUUUAGAACCAAGGGUGGUCUUCUCAAGCAUCAGAAAACUUACACAGGCGAAAAACCAUUUGUCUGUUCAGUGUGUGAAAAACGUUUUGCGUGGCAUUCAGAUCUUGUUGUACAUCAGAGAAGUCACACAGGAGAGAAACCGUUCCCUUGCUCUGUAUGUGGCAAAUGUUUUGCCCGUCGCUCGCACCUUAAUGAGCAUCACAGAACUCACACAGGGGAGAAACCAUAUUCUUGUUCUGUAUGCGGGAGAUGCUUUUCAUAUCGUUCACACUUAAAUAGCCACUCCAGAGUACACAUUGGGGAAAAGCCAUUUACUAAUACUGAAGGCAGGAAACCUUUUACAUCUCAUUCUGAACUUGUACAUCACACAGACGUGGAAGCUUGUCCUUGUACUGAAUGUGGGAAACAUUUUACAUCUCACUCCGACCUAAUUGUACAUCAAAGAAGCCACACAGUGGAGGAAUCAUUCUCUUGUACUGAAUGUGGGAAACAUUUUCUAUCUCGCUCCGACCUUAUUGUACAUCAAAGAAGCCACACAGUGGAGGAAUCAUUCUCUUGUACUGAAUGUGGGAAACAUUUUCUAUCUCGCUCCGACCUUAUUGCACAUCAAAGAAGCCACACAGCGGAGGGAUCAUUCUCUUGUACUGAAUGUGGGAAACAUUUUCUAUCUCGCUCCGACCUUAUUGCACAUCAAAGAAGCCACACAGCGGAGGGAUCAUUCUCUUGUACUGAAUGUGGGAAACAUUUUCUAUCUCGCUCCGACCUUAUUGUACAUCAAAGAAGCCACACAGCGGAGGGAUCAUUCUCUUGUACUGAAUGUGGAAAACAUUUUCUAUCUCACUCCGACCUUAUUGUACAUCGAAAAUGCCACACAGUGGAGGGAUCAUUCUCUUGUACUGAAUGUGGGGAACAUUUUCUAUCUCGCUCCGACCUUAUUGUACAUCAAAGAAGCCACACAGUGGAGGGAUCAUUCUCUUGUACUGAAUGUGGGGAACAUUUUCUAUCUCGCUCCGACCUUAUUGUACAUCAAAGAAGCCACACAGCGGAGGGAUCAUUCUCUUGUACUGAAUGUGGGAAACAUUUUACAACUCACUCUGACCUUAUUAUACAUCGAAGAAGUCACACAGGGGAAGGGCCAUUCUCUUGUUCUGAAUGUGGGAAACAUUUUAAACGUCAUUCACAACUUACUGUACAUCAGAGAGUCCAUACUGGAGAGAGACCUUAUUCUUGCUCGGAAUGUGGAAAACAUUUUAAAGAACACGCAAACCUUAAAGUACAUUGGAGAAUUCACACAGGGGAGAAGCCAUUUACUUGCUCUCAAUGUGGGAAAGGUUUUGUUCGUCGCUCAGAUCUUGAUCGACAUCUCAGCCUUCACAAAGCAGAAAAACCACAUUCUUGUUCUCAGUGUGGAAAACAUUUUGCAUGCGUCUCAGACCUUAAUGUACAUCACAGGGUUCACACAGAUCAGAGACCAUACUCUUGUUCUGAGUGUGGAAAAUGUUUUAAACAUCACUCAAACCUUAUUGUACAUCAAAGAAUACAUACGGGAGAGAAACCAUUUUCUUGUUCUGGUUGUGGAAAAAGUUUUACGGAUCGAUCGCGUCUUACUGUACAUCACAGAAUUCACAGAGGAGAGAAACCAUUUUCUUGUUCUGAAUGUGGGAAAUGUUUCAUCCGUCGCUCAGACCUUAAUGUACAUCUCAGAGUUCACACAGGGGAGAAACCAUUCACUUGUACCGAAUGUGGGAAAUGUUUCACCCGUCGUUCACACCUUAAUGUACAUCUCAGAUUUCACACCGGAGAAAAACCAUUCACUUGCACUGAAUGUGGAAAAUGUUUUGUGCAUCGUUCCCAGCUUACUGCACAUUCCCAGUUACACACAGGAAAGAAACCAGUUUCUGAAAAUAACUCUACAUAUACAAUGAUGAGUGAGUAAAAGACAAUAAUGAUGCUACCAUAUUAAUAUAUAUAACUAUUUUUGGUUAAAUAUAAUACAUUUGUAAUGGUUUACUCUACAUGAAGAUUAUUUGGUGGUUUGGGGUAUGGUGAUAAAUGUUCCGGCUGCCAUAAUAAUACUUUACCAAUGCAGGAAGCACCUCCUCGCAUUCCUCUGGUCAGUUGUAUUCCUCCUCUCAGUUUGUUCAGUUUUUAAACCUGGCAAUGACCAAUAGAGGUUUUGAUAAAGUAAAACGAAAGCCAAUAUCAUAAAAACUAAAAAUAUGCAACUAAAUUGGUAAAAGGAAUAGAAAGAAGAUGGGUCAAGGUUUGAAUGGUUUCUCUGGGAAAAAAAGCAUAUUUGAAGUGACAUAAAUAUCCUUUACAAGUAUAUUAAAGGAAAAAAAUAGACAGAUAGCAAGAGAGAUACACAGAAAAUAACAAUAGACUUGAGUUACUGAACUUUCAUUUGAAGCAAUGCAAAUAGUUUUUUCCCAGUGAGGGUGGAGAAUGCCCUGGUGGGUGAUACUGUGAUGGCAGAUUCUAUUAAUGACUGAUAAUAUCCAAGGCUAUUGUGAUCUCAAGAUCUCCAGCUAGUUAGUAUAGGUAUUAGUAUUGUUGAGUGUAUAGACAGGACUGUGUAAUUUGGAGGGAUUGAACUUGAUGGACAUUUGUACAUGAAAUUUACAUGAAAUUGCAGCUGUGUUGAUGGGGAUAAUGAGCGAAAGCAGAAGCUUGAAAGCCAUGGGACUCAGUACCUGUACCUGUGUGUGUUCCAGCAGCUCCUUUCUUAGUGCAUAUGACUCUUCUCAGCCUCCUUGGGGUGUGGAUAUCAGAAAAUGAAUGUACUUACUGAUGACAUUUUCUGUUCCAGUAAUCGGCAUCCUAUGGUUUCAUUCCCAACAUGAAUAAAAAGCAUAUUACCUAUUCCCCAAACUUCCCUUCUUGUAGUUUUGACUAACUGCUUCUAAGACAUAAUUACAAAGAAUUCUGCUACAUGUUUUAUUUCAAGGGAAUAUCCUGUGCUGCCAUAUGGACGAAUAGAAAAAGGCUUUUCAUUUUCUGAUUCCAUUACUUCCAAAAGGCAACCUCCUAAGGUGAUUUGCUAGCUUCUAAUGAUUGUUUGUAACCGUUAUAUUAAAUCAUUAAUCCAUGUAGAAAUCAAGGUUUUUAGAAGCUUUAUAUCUUUGUUUAUUGCUAUAAAUAAUAAUAAAAUAGAUUUUUGGUCUUUCUUA